CCCGGCUGCACAGAACAAACAGUUGGUUUUUGUUGUUUUCUUCGCCAGUCCACCAGCACUGGUAUACGCGGAUUACUGCGGCAAUCUGUUAACGAUGCGCAACUUUUCCUUGGCCUUUUUACUGGCCGGGGCGCUGUCCCUGGUGCUCCUCCCUCUCAUUGACGCCCGCGGCGGCGGCGGUGGCUUUGGAGGUGGUGGCCGCGGCGGAUUCGGUGGGUUCGGAGGAUUCGGUGGCGGCCGCGGUUUCGGCGGGGGAUUCGGCCGCGGCGGCUGGGGCGGCGGUCGCGGUCUGUGGGGCGGCGGCUGGGGCGGUCUCGGCUGGGGCGGAUGGGGCUGGGGCGGCGGCUGGGGAUGGCCGAUGUGGGGCGGCUGGGGCUGGGGUGGUGAUUGGGGCUGGCCGUACUACGGCGGUUUCGGUGGAUGGGGUUGGGGCGGUGGCUGGGGCGGUGGCUGGGGACGUCGUCGUCGCGGCGGUUGGGGCCGAGGACGUGGUCGCUGGGGCGGUUAACCUAAUGGUUUUCGCUGCCAGUUAUAUAUAUGCCACCACUCUCCCGUUUUCGCUCAAUCCGAUGACCAAUUUCGACUGUUUCGGUUGUUCUACGCGGAGUAGGACCGGUUCGUUAUUAGUAAAUUUGUUGUAGAAUUGUUGACCAGGUUAUGGCCCAUGGGGCGAUGUACAAUUCACAUUGUUAAUUAACACCGGCAUCGUACGCUGUACGCAUGCGUCGCUCUCUCCCGGCACGCAUCGCCUCGGCUGCGACUCGAUCCUGUUGUGUAUGACUGUUUUUUAGAAUCUAAUUCCUACUCGUAGCUGUUUCCUUGCUGCUUUUUACAAAUCUGUGCAUGCUGAUCUUCAGCAAAUGCAUAGAAUACGUGUACUCGUACUGUAUUUUAAUUGUUGGGGAUUUUACAGUAUGUACUUACAAUUACUGACGGUUGCGGAAAUAAAACAAAAUAAUUAAUAA